AUGAAGCCUGGCCAGGAGAACCCGAAGGUCACGUUGUGGGUAGUUGACCUAAGGUCGAUCAAGCUACGUGACCUGAAACCCCCGAACUUGGUCAAAGACCAGGAUCACUACUUCACAGCGGUGACCUGGGUGGAUGCUACUACCAUCAGUGUAGUGUGGAUGAACCGAGCACAGAACACCUCCGUGGUCACCACCUGCUCUCACCCCAUGUACUUCUGUGAGGCGACACACACAGAGCAGUCAGGAGAUCAUGGCUGGGUAGAACUAUAUGAUGCUCCUAUAUUCUCUGAGGAUGGGCAGAGCUACCUGCUGAGACUACCAGUGCGUGACGGCGAGGAGGGAGAGUUCAAGCAUGUCAACAUAUACAGCGUGCGCAUGCGUCGCGUCAUUCCCAUCACACACGGGGCUUUUGAGGUCACAGAGAUCCUGGGUUGGGACCAGAACAACAAUUACAUCUACUACAUGGCAACAAUGGAGGAGAAACCUGGAGAACGUCAUCUGUUCCGUGUGGCAGAUGUGUCGUCACCGAUGCUUCGUCUGCCAGAGUGUUUGUCGUGCCUGGAGGCUGACAAUACUACCGACAUGUGUCUUUAUAACAGGGCACAUCUUUCCCCCGAUUUUGCCUUCUUUGUUCUUGAGUGUCUCGGACCAGAUGUUCCCAGGACUUACCUCUUCUCUACAUGGAGCAGUCAGGGUGGUCACAAAGUUGAGGAUAAAGAGAAGCGUGGGGCUGCAGCCAUGAGCAUGGCACCGAGGGUAAGGAACCCCGGCCACCACUCUCAGCCUCUGCUCACUUGUCCAAGUUUUACAGCUUACUCAUUAUCACUGAUGGCAGCAGCUUGCUCUCUAGUGGAGACUUAUACUAAGACUGAUACAGAUCUUUGCAUGACUGUGACAUCUCACUAUAAAUCCUGCAGAACACAUAUGAAGUUAACAGCUUCCUCAUCAUUCACAUAUAUAUUCAUCAGGUAUGCUGCACCCGGAGCCCAGGCAGUCACAUCCAAGAUGAGGAUCUCGUGGGGCACCUUCCUUGCGUCCAAGAAAGACAUCAUAUACGCUAUGAUCGAUGGACGUGGCUCUGGUUUCCAGGGUGACAAGAUUAAGCACGAGGUGUUCCAUGCUCUGGGAGGGAAGGAGGUGGACGACCAACUUGCAGUUGCCAGAUACCUUCGUGACAAUCUACACUUCGUUGACGAGCGCAGGAUUGCUAUCUGGGGCUGGAGCUACGGUGGCUAUGUUACCACUAUGGCCUUAGCAAGAGAUGCUGAUAAAGUCUUCAGCUGUGGUAUUGCUGUGGCCCCAGUUGCUCGGUGGGAACAUUACGACUCUGUGUACACUGAAAGGUACAUGGGUUCGCCACACGUGUAUCCUGGUAGCAACUACAAGGGCUACGAGGCUGCUGAUGCCACCAAGGUGGCUGGCAACCUAAAAGAGAAGACCUUCCUUCUAAUCCAUGGUACAGCUGAUGAUAAUGUUCACUACCACCACUCCAUGAUGUUGGCCAAGGCUCUGGUAGAUGAGGGAGUCCUCUUCCAGCAGAUGACAUACGCAGAUGAGAACCAUGGCCUGACUGGCGUCAAGGAGCACUUGUACCGCACUAUGAACAAGUUCCUCUCAGAGUGCUAUCGCCCAACCAUCAAAGAGCUCUAUUUCCUCAUUAAAAAGAAGAAGAAGGAAAUUGAGGAGAUUGGCUAUCUGUAAAUAUAAUGGCGAAAAGGGUAGUAAGACCCUCUGUAUUUAAUUGAAGAUGGAUGACUCACCAAGUCUGGAUAUUUUACAGUGGUCCUCAGUCCUCACAACAAUGACCUCUCUUAAAUUAGUGUUAGACAUACAUGGACAUCAUUGACUGAUGUGAAGGCAAAAGUAGAUGAUAACCACCUUUUAAUAUUUAAAAGUGGAAAACUGUCAAUCAUAAAGCCCCCUUUUUUAGUUGUAAAAUGUGUUAUGGUGAAACUGAAGUACAAUGCAUAAAGAUUUUUGCAUCAAUAAUAUUGGUGAAGAUUUAGUAGAGCUCUGUACUGGUUACAGUUGCUAAUACAGUCGCAUUUUGUUACUGUGACUGUUCUCGCUGGUUACUGAUGACACUUUAAAACUACAAUAGUCACUAAUGAUUAUAGACCUAAUUUAUCAUAUGUUUUUAUUUUAUUUUAGUUUGUAAAUAGAGUAUAUAUGUAAAUUUUAGUGACUUGAAAUGUCACUAAUUCCCCUUUUUAAAAGAUUGAUAAGUAUGUAUAUAAAUAUUUAUUUUCUCAUAGUUCAGAAUUAGAUUGUAAUUCAUGAGUAAGUUUGACAAUAUUAUAUUCUUGUCAGGAAUCGCUACAAGGUUGAUCAAUUCUUCUGAAAAGUUUUAUGUAACUUUAUAUUUACAUUAUUCACUUAAAAUUUUGUUUAAGGAGUCAUACUUUUAUAGUCACCAGUUUAUCCACUCGAGUGCACGAUAUGGGUACUGUACUUUAUUAACUUUUAUUAGUGACCCAUUCACCAGAAGAUAGAAAUAGUUUGACACAAUCAUUCAGCACGUAACUACACUCAUUAAUGUUACACCCGGUUUUUUUUUCCUUCAUACAUGUUCAGAGUUGUCAAUAAGAAUUUGCUAAUAAUUCAUGUUAAGCGCUCAACUUAAGUGAGUCAUUCAGUGCAAGACGUGGUGGAGGCUCGAUCCUCCUCCUGCUGAGCACCAGAGAGAGACGCACUUCAUGUUUGUACUCAGCUAGAUCAAAAUAUUCAAAUAAGAUUUUGAAUAUUUUACAGAAGAUUUUAGUAUCCGAAAUAAACAGAUCGGACUGGAAGAUGGAGAGUCCCAGGCAGCAACAACCUGGUAAACCUAAAAUUCAUUCUUGGCUAAAACAGUGGGACUUGAAGUCAUUAGUUUUAUCGGAAAUUAAUUUUUAUUGGCAACCCUGUCUAUUUAAUAUUCUUCUUUUAAAUUUGUUAGGCUUUGUUACUAUACAUAAGCUUGCUUUUCUAUAUCCUUGUGAAAAAAAGAUGACACUAAACUAUUCUUAUUUAGACAGUGCUGACUUUUAAGCCCCAUUCAAAUAAUGUUCGUGUAAAGAGUUACAAUUUCAGUAUGUAUGAUUUCUCUGCCAACAGUCGAAAAUACUUGAAGAGUUUCUAGUGUACACCGAAGCGUCGAACAUUAGUUACGACCCAGUUUUCUGUUAGUUACAACUAUUAUACAUCAUUGCUUCAUGUGACAGUGAACUCACAUGAUAAGUGAUGCCACAGUGUCAUUAGGCCAAAAAUUAUAUUCAUUAGGAAUUUCCUUCUCCAGUAUUCAGUAUUUAUGGAUAAAAAUAUGACUGGUUUAUUGGCUGUUUGUUUACAGUCGUAUGAUUUGUAUGUGAAAAUUUUAAAUACUAAGCUUCAUUAUUAGGCGUAACGUAAUUCAGUGAUGUACUUAUUGUGUUUGAUUAUAAGUAAAUGUCAAAGUAUUUUUUUAUCAAAUAAGGGUAAAAAAUAUGAAGUAAUUUUAUAUGACUGGUAAUUUCUAAAUUUUGUACCAUAAGAAAUGUAUGCAGACUGGUUCUGCAUUAUCAUAUUUGUUUUUAAAAUUGUUGAAUGAAUACUACUGAUAGCAGAGUUUUUAUUUAAUCUGGUAUAGUACUAAAAAAUGCAUUUGUUAGGGACUACAUUGCUAAAAAAAUAAAAAGCUGAUUUACUCAUGGGACCUAAAUAACAGCGGCACUGUCAACUUUCGUCUCUUUGAUAAGAUGAGGCAUUAGACAAAUGCAACAUCUGGGUAUCUUUAUUGCAGACGUUUCGCCAUCCAGUGGCUUUAUCAAUACAAAUUCAAGGACAAAAUUGGAAGAUAGAACUAUUUACAAAAGAUUAGGUAAUCAAUCCCUAACUGUUGGAGAUGGCGAUGAGCACCGUAGUCGUGAAAAGUCAGACGAUUUUUCACGACUACGGUGUUCUUCAACUCCAACGCUGAACCACUGAUUACCUCAUCUUAUGUAUAUAGUUCUACUGUCUUCCAAUUUGGUCAUUCAAUUUACAUUGAUAAAACCAUUGGAUGGCGAAACGUCUACAAAAAAGAUACCCAGAUGUUGCAAAUGUGUCUAAUUAUUCAUCUUGUCGGUAUUGUAUACCAUACUGUUGAUAGGCACAGAGAUAUGUAACACAACUGAGAAACUAUAUGCAAGAUUUGUUAUCCACGUAGCAAGACUUUAUAUGCUCAGUUUUGGAAUAGCAGCGAUAGACAUAAAAAAAAUCUUGAUAUAGUUGUUAUAUAGUGAGCAUAAAGUGGUUCCAAGACAGGGUUUUUCAUCCUGUAUCAGGUGUAAUAUAACUAAUUAUUUAUGAUGUAAGUCUCUCUGAUCAAACAAGAAAUAAAAUGAACUAGUUUCACCGCUGUUCAGUAUAUUAUAUAGAAUUUAUUAUAAUUGCUAAGAUUUCAGGGAAGGUUUGAACUAGUGACAGUAGGCACAUAUAAUUUAAACCUUGAUAACAUAAGACUGUAUGGGCUCCCUUAAGAUAUCUCUCACAUCGGCCUGCCAGUCUCUAUUCCCUCACGCCCACAUACCUACUCUUCACUAUGCAAUGUGCCAUUACUGUGCAUUGUGGUUACCAACCACAUGCACGCUCAUACCUGUGUUACCUUUUAGCUCAUACAAAGUUGGAGUUACUUGUAUCAGUUUGAGUUUUGAGAAGUUGUUGACUCAGAGCGUCUGAUGCUUACCUAGCAAGAUGAUAUCAAACGUUAUUCUGAUAUAUUGUGCAUUUUUGUUGUUGUUUAUAGGUUUAAAUGAUCCCCCACAUAUGUUAACUGUUAAACUAUAUAUGAAAGAUGCGAGAUAUAAACUUGUUAGCUAUGGUCCUAUAUAAGAUAUAUGAGAUAUAUGAUAUUUUUUGGUUUGGUGUCAAAAUAAUGUUAUAUACAUUCCAGUGUCUGAUGUGCUAAUGUUUUUUUUAUUUAACUAUUCAUCCCAAGAAAUAUAUUUUAAACAAUGACGAAUGAAUUUCCGCAAAUGCCCAACUUAAUAAUUUUUAGAUAUUAAAUUUUUUGCACACUUUACUUAAAUAAUGGUAAAGAUAUACCAUCAUUGAAGAAUUCAUAUCUUCAGUAAUUUUAUUUGUUGUUGUUCCUUGAAUAAGAUACUGUGUCCAGGUCAUUCUUGUAUCUGUCACUCUCCACAAGUUUAGCAUCAUUUAGCAUCAGGUAUCUUAGAUCUCAAAAUUUCGUCAGUUGUAACCUGGCUGGCUGUGUUAUGUUCACAGUUAUAUAACGUGUAUCCUGGACAGUUGUAUACAGUUAUAUAACGUGUAUCCUGGACAGUUGUAUACAGUUAUAUAACGUGUAUCCUGGACAGUUGUAUACAGUUAUAUAACGUAUAUCCUGGACAGUUGUAUACACAGUGUAAUAACGUGCAUUGCCUGGG